GUGGUUGCCUCGUCUUCCAAUGGGAUUGGCGGUUGUUGUCAGGUGGCGGCCGUCGCUGCCCUUCCUUUCCCAGGUGGUUCUCCGCCAGAGAUGGCAGCUGCCGCGCGGCCGGGCCCGGAGGAGCUGGCCUUGCUGGAGAAGUUGCUGGGCCUGCCGAAAGGGAACAAGUACGGCGUCCAGGGGGAGCGGAAGGUUCCUGUUCUUCAAACAAACAAUGGUCCUGGUCUGACAGGAUUAAUUACCAUAGCUGCCCACCUAGUUAAACAGGCUAAGAAAGACCAACUGCUUGGAAGUACUGCAGAAGAGAAAGCUGUUGUUCAGCAGUGGUUGGAAUAUAGAGUGACUCAAGUAGAUGGAUGCUCUAGUAAAGAAGAUACUAGAAUAAUUCUGAAGAAUCUUAACAUACACCUUGAAGAUAAAGUCUACCUUGCAGGAAACAUUUUUACGUUAGCAGACGUUUUGAUGUACUAUGGAUUGCAUCAUGUCAUGGCGUGGCCUUUAUUUUCCGCGCUGGUAGUGACUACAGGCACCGCGGCUGCUGCAGAACGCUGUGCAUCCCAUCUCUCACUCUGCAGGCAGGCGGGAGCAUUUCCAGGCUGGUGAUCUAAUUUGACAGCUCGUCGGUGAUGUCUAUUCCACUUCAAAGAGGCAGGUAGCCUCGGGCUAGCCAGCUGCAUUGUGGAUUCUGCAGAUUUGGCUUGCUGUUCCUGCUGGGUGUCAUCUGUCUUCUUAGUCUUGCAGUGGAUAAUUUUUGUCCUCCCUAGCAUCAUCUGCCUGAGCAGUUUCUGCCUGGCAGGCCUGUCCGUCCAGGUUGAGCAUCAAAUACAGUAGCCGCACGGCUAAUCUGACAAGGCACUCCUCCAAACAGCGCAGCCCCAGGCCUGCUUUGGCCAGCAUCGGCAUCGCGGCCCGCAAACUUCCAGCCAUCACGAUCGCGGUCUCGGUCUCCCAUCACGGGCGCAGCCCAUGGACUUAUUCUGCUGGCGCAAAGUACGUCCCCCGCCUCGCCCUCUUAAGGGCCGUCGCUCCGAUUGCUCCCGUCCCGGCAGACGUCUGCCUCAACAGGUUUGGGUUUCCCUGCCUGUUGCCGGCAUUUGACUCGGACACCGCCACUUGGAUGAAAGAAUCCUUUAGUGGAUUAUCAUCGCUAGACAGCCCGUGGGGGAAAUGACAGGACUCGGCACGUUCAUCUGAAGAUUUUGCAAUUCGGAGUGCUGCUAACGCUAAUGGGAAGUGGCAGGGUGAUCCCUAAAAGAGAAAGCGGGUUCCAUUGCACGGCAAAAGUGACAGAGGUUGUUUAGCCUAUCUUCCAAAAAAAUACAUGAUGACUACAUAUGUUGAUUUUCAUGCUCCAAGCCAUAGCUAUUUCCAUAUUUUUGUGACUUGAUGACUACUUCCUACAAACUGACAGGUUAGGGGCUCCACAAGUACUGUCUUUUUAUAGCCAUCACCUCUUUAAGUCCUCCUUAAUUUUUUAAAAUAUGUUUUGAGAACAAGCUUGAUGGGGCAGUGAGAGUAAGCAAGGGGGAAAAAAACAAAAAUGAGGCAUAAAUGCAGCACAUAAAGCAUAUUCUUAAAAAAAAAAAUAAAUAUUCAAACAAAGAGGAGAAAUGGUUUCAGGACAGUAGUCCUAGAAACCGACGCACUUACCUGUCACAGGAUUUGCCCUUGUUGCAGUCCCGUAAUUCCAAACCUGACAUUACUGAUGAUGUAAAAACUCUUUCCUAGAAAUGCAGUAGUUAUAAACCCCCUUAACUACCGGAUUUCCUCCUAGCAAAUAAAAAGAUAGCUGGAGCACAGGGCUUAGAGGGGGAAAUAACGUGUCAGGGAGACUAGGAAAGGAUGGCAGCUAGACUGGAAAUGGAUAAAAUUAACAUUUGAACAAUUCUACCCCUAAUUAUUAAUGAUCAUCAAGCCAGCUGGAAUAUCCUAUAGAUAUUAAUAUAUGAGCACUAGCGUAUUUUACUGGUGAUUGUCAAGUGCUUAUGUGCUUUGGAUCCAAGUGGAAAAAUAUAAAUACUAAUAUAUAGGGUGCAAGAGGUGGUUACUUUGGGGAAAAAAAGAUAUGUGAAAGGGAACAGUAUUUUUUUUUAUAACAAUUCUUACAUUAAAUAGGCAAUUAGCAGAGGUAAUAUUUACAGACUAUGUAACAGUGAAGGAGUGAAAAACUAUUUUAGAUUGUAUGUUUAUGCUGAAUUUAAUAAUAAUGUUAGUUGAAGUAUCGAACACUUCCCAAUGUAAGAUUCAUUUUAUUAUUUAUAAAGAUUCUAACUAUAUUUUGACUGAUGGGGGGGGAGAGAUUGUUUCAACAAAACCAAUUAGCUCAUUUUUAAGGCUGAGUUUAGAAGAUUUUAUGUAUUAUCAAAAAAUACUAUAGUGAUUUCAGUGAGCAGUUUCUGAGCUUUGACGACGGGACACAGAAUUCAGUAAUAGGAUCAAUUUUUGUGUUUGUUGUAAUAGUGUCACACAAUAAAAAAAGAACCCAGUCUUUUUUUUUUUUUUUUUUCCCUCAGCCAGGCAAUUGUUCCUACUUGUAAAAGCUAUGCAGAGUAGAAUGCAGGCAGAACUAAUUUCUAACAAAGAAAUACAUACUACUCCUGUUUUCUACUAAUAAAAUAUUAAUUGUUCCAGCUAAA